GCUUGCAGCGGCGCAGCUCGCAAAAGCUGGUGGUGAGUGGGGAUGGCUGCCGAAGCUGCUGCUGCGGGCAGGCUGUGGCUCAGUGCGUGUAGAGCAGGGGGACAGUGGCGCAGUCUGUGUAGUGCAGGGCUGCUGCGAGAUUUCCUGCAGCCCGCCUCGGCCGUCGGGGAUGCAGCCCAGAGGCGGCAGUUGGCUCACUUCACUUUUCAGCCGGACCCGGAGCCCCAGAAGUAUGGGCAAACUCAGAAAAUGAAUCUUUUCCAGGCAGUAACAAGUGCCUUGGAUAACUCAUUGGCUAAAGAUCCUACUGCAGUGAUAUUUGGUGAAGAUGUUGCCUUUGGUGGAGUCUUUAGAUGUACUGUUGGCUUGAGAGACAAGUAUGGAAAAGAUAGAGUUUUUAAUACCCCAUUGUGUGAACAAGGAAUCGUUGGAUUUGGGAUUGGAAUCGCAGUCACUGGUGCUACUGCCAUUGCAGAAAUUCAGUUUGCAGAUUAUAUUUUCCCUGCUUUUGAUCAGAUUGUUAAUGAAGCUGCCAAGUAUCGAUACCGCUCUGGGGAUCUUUUUAACUGUGGAAGCCUCACCAUCCGUUCCCCCUGGGGCUGUGUAGGCCAUGGGGCUCUCUAUCAUUCUCAGAGUCCUGAAGCUUUUUUUGCCCACUGUCCAGGAAUCAAGGUGGUGGUGCCCAGAAGCCCUUUCCAGGCCAAGGGACUUCUUUUGUCAUGCAUAGAAGAUAAAAAUCCUUGUAUAUUUUUUGAACCUAAAAUACUUUACAGGGCAGCAGUGGAACUGGUCCCUGUAGAACCGUACAGCAUCCCUCUGUCCCAGGCUGAGAUCAUACAGGAAGGGAGUGAUGUUACUCUCGUUGCCUGGGGCACGCAGGUUCAUGUAAUCCGAGAGGUGGCUUCCAUGGCUCAAGAAAAGCUUGGAGUAUCUUGUGAAGUCAUCGAUCUGCGGACUAUACUACCCUGGGAUGUGGAUACAGUUUGCAAGUCUGUAAUCAAAACAGGACGACUGCUAAUCAGUCACGAGGCUCCCUUGACGGGCGGCUUUGCGUCGGAGAUCAGCUCUACGGUGCAGGAAGAGUGCUUCCUGAACCUGGAGGCCCCUAUAUCAAGAGUGUGUGGGUACGACACCCCGUUUCCUCACAUUUUUGAGCCGUUCUACAUCCCAGACAAAUGGAAGUGCUACGACGCCCUUCGAAAGAUGAUCAACUAUUGACCCCAAAGAAAACCUGGAAGAUCAUGACUAGAUAUGGAAAUAUUUUUCUGAAUUUUUAUAUUGUCUCAGAUUUAUCUCUUCUUGAAAAUAAGAGUUUUUAUGAAAUGAAUUAUGGAUAUUGGCUGAAAAUUAUAAGUUAGUUAUUAUUGUAUUAACACACAUGAAUUGGUUUCCAUUAGAGUGUUUUAGAUUAACUUUUGAAAGUGUUCCAUAUGAUGGUCUUAUAAACUCCAUUUAAUUACAUCUGUAAAUAUUGGGUGUGGGUAGUACUCAAUAAAGCUAAGUCAUACUG